GACACACACACACACAGUGCGCUCUGAAGAGGAGGAACACACUCCGCUCCUCUGUGCUGCCAAACGCCUCUUCACAACACGGGACGAAACAAGCACCGAAGAAGAAGCACAGAAGAAGGAAAAUAACCCCAUUCAAAGGAUAUUAAAUCAGUUGAACUGCCUCUUUGGUCGGGACUUUCAUUGGUUUUUCAUCGAGUGCUGUCUUGGCUGCACGUCGGCCCCCCCCCCCCCCCCUAGCUUCCCGCGUCUUGUUCUCAAUGGUAAACAGUCAGCGUCACGUUCAUGGAUCCUUCAGCUGGGAUGUAGCGGAGGGCAAACCCACCUAAAGCCGCUUUAAAUACUCGUCAUUCAGCAGGAAUAUAGUGACAUUAAACGAAGGUAAAUCUUUUUUUUUAUAAAGGCUGCUGUUGGUUUAUGGAAACUGAAAAACUUCUCUGAAAGUCUUUAGACCUUUUUUCUUCUGUUUUUUUUUUUAACAUUGAUGGUGUGUUGCUUUAUGAUGGCCCCCGUCUGGAGGUCAUAGCUGACCCUUUUUUUUUAAUUUCCCGCCACAUCACUGCCCCUCACCCCAAUGAUGACUAUGAGCUCUAUAUCGGACACUUUAGUCCCCCCUGACCCGUCCAAAUCGGCGUUUUUGGAGUUCGGCGGCCACGGCUACACCGGACACCAGCAGCACUCCCCCGGCCUGUCCCACAACCAUUACUCGGUCCACGGUCUGCACGCCGUCGGUUCCACGCAGCACGACGGGCCCUUCUCCACUGGUGCAUCAUCGUACGGUCGCCCGCUGGGAUACCCGGCCUAUCACAGCCCCGUGACCGCGCACCACCCUGGGGCCUACCUGCCCUAUCAGCACAGUGGUCACGGCGGCGCGCUUGGACACACCAGACUGGAAGAUGCGGAUCACGAGAAGCCCACGACGGUGAUAGAGAACGGGGAGGUGAGGCUCAACGGGAAGGGGAAGAAGAUCAGGAAGCCUCGGACCAUUUACUCCAGCCUGCAGCUCCAGGCCCUCAACCAGCGCUUCCAGCAGACCCAGUACCUCGCCCUGCCCGAGAGGGCCGACCUGGCGGCCAAACUGGGCCUGACACAGACCCAGGUGAAAAUAUGGUUCCAAAACAAACGCUCCAAAUUUAAGAAGAUCAUGAAGAAUGGGCCCUGUGGACCUGAGGGAGACCAUCUGGCCCCCCCGCCGCCGUCCUCCGCCUCUCCCUGCUCCCUGUGGGACAUCAGCAUGGCAGCCAAAGGCGCGCCGGUGCACUCGGGUGGAUACAUGAACAAUUUUGCUCACUGGUACCCCGGACACCAGCAGGACUCCAUGCCCAGGACUCAGAUGAUGUGACAGUCAGGAGCACGCCACAGUUCCAGGACAAACGAUGGAUUUAUACUAAAAAGGAGCUGACUGGGAGCUGUUAGGGACACGGACAUUGUUACGAGUCUGAGCCACGCUGGAGGCAGAAAUAAUGUUACUGGCAGAGAUCAAAUACAGGGAACAGAUAGUGUGGUUCUCCUUAAAUCUGGAAAGGCAAGGGGAACGAGCUCAACAUUUUUUAAAGUUAUAGCUAUGUGAGGCUGUAGCAUUAACCCGAGUUAGUCGCAGCCCAAGAAUGGAGAAGGUUAAGUUACUCCUGAAUUCAACUUUUCAUUUGUAAGAGGAAAACGUCUAUCAAAAGUAAUCGGAGUCUUACUUUAAUACAGUCAUUCAAGUUAUUUCUGCCUGCAGAGGAGCUCGGCCUGCCAAGACAUUUUUUGAACAAGCUACAACUCAAAGCUAAUGCCAGCCCCUGCAUCUCUGAUUCUGGACAUUUAAGUGUGUGUGUGUGUGUGGGGUGUUCCGUCUUUUCAGGGGUUUACAGUACAGUGGGGCGGAUACACGUGUAAGAAGAAGGCUUCUUCAGGGCUUCUUCGUAGUUGUUUUUUUUAUGGAUCGGAUUCAAAGGGCCCUCAUUGGGGACCAUUGUGUGUGUUUUUGUAAUUCUGACUGGGUGUAACACUAUAAGGGGUCUGUGUAGCAUAUAGACUUUACAGCACCAACAGAGACAGAUAAGGCAGGCUAUAUGAACAAGCAGACGUUUUAUGGUACUUUUACUGCCCUUUUUUAAGACUAUAUGAGAAAUAGGCACUGAAUGGACAUGGUUACUUCAUUGUAUGAGUCAAAUUUGAUAUAUUUUGUUUUCAUUAUAAUAAAGGAUCUAAAGCGGUCAAAAGCCCAAAAGAAAAUGGCAAAAAUGCAUGUGAAAGCCAAGGGGGGGGGGUCAGAUGUUCCACGAUACGAUAUUAUCACGAUACUUACGUCACCAUAAGAUAUCAUUGCGAUUUUUAAACAUAUUGCGAUAUUCUGCGAUAUAUUGCAAUGCAUUACCUUUUUUUCAAACUUCAAGUGAUGUCCCCAGAGGAAAACCUCAGUCACCAUUUGUUUAAUCUAAAAAGAUAAACCUCUCUGUGUAA